CGGAGGAUGGCUGAUUCUGUCAUGUGAUUUUUUUCCCUCUGCCACUCACAACAUGGCUUCUGACGGUCGUCUUCCGCCAUGCAGCCUUUGCUCCGCCUUAGUUGUAAUGACGACAUUUUCCCGCCACUGGCUGAGUAGUGGAUUGCUGUGUGGAGGAUGCUGAUGUCCGGAGGAGUCACGUGUGCGCCCGGUACCGGGGAAUGGAUUACAGAGCCGCUCCGCUGUGUGCAGCGACUGUACGAGGAGAGUGCGGCUCUUCCAGGCUGGGAACCGAAGGUGACAAAUUAUUUCCAGGAGAAGAUACAGGAGAACCAGUCAUGUUGGGUCCCCAGUCUGAACGAUGUCCCCCUGCACUACCUGAAACCCAACAGCCUGGUGCGAUUCCGAUGUAUGGUGCAGGAUAUGUUCGAUCCAGAGUAUUACAUGGGAGUCUAUGAGACGGUGGACCGCAGCAACAAUGCAAGGGCUCUUCACCUCGGCAAAUACCGGGAUGUGGCAGAUUGUAAGCCACAGCAGGAAGUGGAUAUAAACUCCUCCAAGACCGUCACUGCAGAACGGCAGACCUUCUACUGUGUGCCAGUUCCAGGAGAGUCCACCUGGGUAAAAGAGAUCUACAGCAGCUCCAGCCAGGCCAAAGUUGCCCCCUCCACCUCCUAUGUCCCCAACCGCCAAAAACGCAGCUAUGAUGAGGGCGAUGAACAUUCUGCUACCCCCAGAGAACAGCACACAGAUGUGAGUGAGGCAAAUAUUCCGAAAAGGCAUGAGAUGGAGUCGCAGAAGAAGCCAAAGGAAAGUGCCUCAGCCAUCAGCGCUCCUAUGGACCUCAAUUUCCCCCUCCCUGACGAGAAGGGACCAGCAUGUUUAGUAAAGGUGUAUGAGAACUGGGACAAUUUCAAAGUGAAUGAUGUUCUGGAGGUGUUUGGGGUGUUGUUGGUGGAGCCAUGCCUAAGUGUCAUAAAUGAAGACAGGGAUCCUCUCUCUGCGUGUUUUGACCCUGCAGACAGUAUGGACACUUUGGAGGAACAGCGAGUACACAGUCCACCAACUUCUCUUGUGCCGCGGAUCCACGCCAUCAUUGUACAGAAGCUGCAUCACAAUAACCCGCUAAUCCCAAGCUCUGUCUGCGAGACUGAUGAAAGUAAACAAUGUCUGGCCAGCUUCAUGGCAGAGUUGUGCUCUGUGCGGUCAGAGCUUUUAGGCUUUUUGACACAUGCUCUGCUGGGGGACGGCCUGGCUGCUGAGUAUCUCAUCUUCCACCUCAUCUCCAACGUGUACGCUCGAAGGGAUGUGCUGCCGCUGGGGAAAUUCACUCUGAAUCUUAGUGGCUGCCCGCGGAAUGGCAUGUUCACACAACAUUUGCAUCGCGUGGUGCAGCAGCUGGUGCCUACAUCCUAUUAUCUCCGGAUGACCAUUGAAAACAUGAACAGCUUACGCUUUAUUCCCCAGAAGGAUUACAAUGCCAACCGUCUGCUAAGUGGCAUCCUGCAGCUAUCAUCUCACACCUCGCUAUUGGUGGAUGAAACAUUGCUGGAGCAGGGUCAGCUGGACACCACAGGUGUCCGCAAUGUCACUGCGCUGGGUAAUGUGAUCACCUGGCAGAAAGUGGACUACGAUUUUAGUUACCACCGGAUGGAAUUCCCCUGUAAUAUUAAUGUGCUUGUCGCCUCGGAGGGCCGAUCGCUGCUUCCAUCAGACUGUCAGAUUCACUUGAAGCCACAGCUGGUGCCCCCCAAUAUGGAGCAGUAUAUGGUGGCUUUGCUAUCUGCCGUCCAGCCAUCUUUGCUCAACAAGUUCCGCAUCUACAUUAGUCUUCUACAGAUGAUGGACUACAGUAUUUCUGAGGAUGUUACCAAGUUUGUUGAAGAUGAUUUUGUGGACAUGAGGAAAGACGAUCCACAAAGUAUGAGUGCCGAAGACCUGCACAGAUUGCUGCUUGUGGCUCGGUUGCUUUCACUCAGUUCUGGACACGGGUCUCUUUCCCGGGAGAGGUGGCAGAAAGCCAAACAGCUGGAGUCACAAAGGAAAAGUCGUCUCCAAGACCAGAAACAUUUUGGUGGCAAUGAACUUUAAUUUCCAUUUUAUUGCAAUGCUAUUUUCCAGGAAGGGUGGGCCCUGUUCUCCACCAGGAGGCGCCCUGGUCUCCAUAAACUUUUACAGAAGUGUCCUUAUCAGCUUGCUUUUUCAUAGAUGAUAUUUUUUGAUAUUAAAAGUUCUAAAAUGUU